ACUCCGGAUGAUGCUUGAGACCCUGCAUCAAGUCUCACACCAGAACCAUGCAGACAUCAGUAAUUUUCGCAGCAGCACCGUCUCUCCCGCUAGCGUCCAUCGAAAGGUCACUUGGGUCCCCAUGGAAGCUCAUGCCAAGGCCACAGAGUAGUCGUUUUCCUCUCGUUAAAGCACAUGCCAUCGCACCCGAUACGUCUACGGUCGAGUAUAACUCCACCGCCUCUGUCUUUCCAGCAGAGGCUUGUGAGACGGUUGGAGGGGAGGCCUGCAAUGUGGAGAUGUAUCCGGAAGUGAAGCUGAAACCUGAACCUCGGAGCAGCAAACCCAGGACUUCUUCGGAGCCUGUCGACCGAGAGUACUACGAGUAUGAUAGCCCCAAUACGGUGUUUCUAGGAGAGGCCUGUGAUGAUCUUGGAGGUGAAUUCUGUGAGGCUGAAUUUCAAAGAGGAGUGCGCUGAGAGAAGAGCUUCUGUAGAUCAGUCUGCCGGCUGUGGUAUAAUAAUGUCACCGUGUACCGUCUCUUCUGAUGCCCAUCCUUUUCGUGUUAUGUAAUCGGACAUCCUGUAGCUGCAUAUAUGCCUAAAAAAUCCAUCCACAAUAUGGGCUUGACCUUGGAAUAAAGAUGGGAGUUUAGUUCUUGGAGUAGUCCUCAUGUGAAUUGUCGCAUUCAAGUCGAAUGAUGCUCGGCUAUGGAAUCUAGUGAUUUCGCUAUACUUCUGACCAGAAACAGGAGCUAUCAUGAGAAUAUAUUUCAGAGAUGAGAA